AUGCAGUCCCCUCGUUCUGUUCUCAAUUUGAGUCCUAGUGCUACAUCCGGCGCGGGAGGCAGCAGCAAUUCAACUUCACCAGUAUCACCUCGCCUAGGUUUCUCUGCUCCAGGAAUUGCGACUCCAGGUAUGUUGAGCGAAUUAAAAAAGCGCAAUAUGGCUCGCCAGGCGGCAGAAGGAACAGUAAUCCAGGAGGAGGGAGGGAAGAGCAAUAACGGCGAGACGGCCGAGACCUCAGAGUCUAAUAAACUGCGCCCCAGGCCGAGUGCAUCGGGGCCAUUGGCCAUCUUCAUUGGGCAAUGA